AUGCAAAUCAUCUGGCGAGACUCCGACUCCAACUCCAACCCCACCUACGAAGCCGCCCGCACCCGGGGUGUCUUCAACAAGCGCCAUCCACCCAAAUACCCCCUCGCCAUCCUCAAAGCCAGUUCUGACGAGAAGGUGAUAUCAGCUGUUCAGCUAGCAAUAACGCAUAACGCCCGCAUCGCCGUUCGCGCAGGAGGACACUCGUUCCCCGUGUGGAGUCUACAGGAUGACGCCGUGCUGAUUGAUCUAGGUGAAUGGCGGGAAUGUGUUGUUGACGCACCCAAGGGCAUUGCGUCUGUGACGCMGGGUGUUACCAGUAAGGAGGUUAAUGAGGUGUUGGUGAGCCAGGGGUUGAUGUUCCCUGCGGGUCAUUGUGGGGAUGUUGGCCUUGGGGGGUUUUUGUUGCAGGGGCGGAUGGGGUGGAAUUGUGGGAACUGGGGAUGGGCGUGUGAGCGGGUUGAAGCGGUGGAGGUCGUCACAGCGCAAGCGCAGAAACUUUUCUGUAAUGCGGAGCAGAACGCGGAGCUGUACUGGGCUGCUAGGGGGGCGGGACCUGGUGAUGACGGUUUUCGGUCGUCCGGGUACAUCUAUCCGGCGAGGUUAUACCGAUCCGUCUUCAGCUGGGUGCUUUCGAUGGUACCCGAUCUCGAUCGCGAUACCGAGAUUACUGCGCUAUCGCAGUUCCUAAAUGGCGAGCUGUGCUUUUCCAUCCUCCUAGUCCGUAUGAAAGAGACAACCGCCCAAGCAGCAGCAGCCUUACAGCCUCUCCACGAGACUAGACCCCCCGGAGCAUUGAGGGAGUGGUACUGCCAGGAAGAUAGCCUGGAGAACCUAUACCGCGCAAAAGCCAAGUUCCACCCCACGGAUCGCAGGUGGUGCUCGGAUAAUACCUACCUCGAAGACAAGCACAACGUAGUGGAUAUCCUCGAAGAAGGAUUCCUCACUCUCCCGAGUCCAGACAGCUACGCAUUCUGGUGCCCGAUUGCACCGACUAGUAAGAGGAAACUACCGGAUAUGGCGUUCAGCAUGCAGUCGGACAAUUAUUUUGCAGUGUAUGCGGGCUGGAAAGACGAAGCAGACGAUGAGAGGUGCCGGUCGUGGUUGCGGCUUGUUAUGGACAAAAUCAGACCACAUGGGGUUGGGGCGUAUAUAGGCGACUCGGAUUUCUCUGUGAGACCUGACCGCUACUGGGCGGAGGAGAACGAGAGCCGGUUGAGGGAGAUUCGUCGGAGAUGGGAUCCUGAUGGUCGGUUCUGCGGGUUCCCUUGA